AAACCAUAAACCAUAUUUAUAUAGCCUGCACUCGCUUUGCACACCUUCUUCAUAGGGUUUUAUCACACACUCAAAUCCUCAAUCAUGGGCAGCAAAAUCAGGAGACCAUCUCAUGCUGGUUCUUGGUACACAGACAAUCCUAAGCAACUUUCAGAAGAACUUGAAGGAUGGCUAAAAUCUUGUGGUCUGACCAAGUCUCCUGAUGUACGAGGAGUAAUAGCACCACAUGCAGGUUAUUCCUAUUCAGGACGAGCUGCUGCCUAUGCCUUUGGAAACAUAGAUCCAUCUAACAUUACACGUGUGUUCCUUCUUGGUCCUUCUCACCACUAUUACACUCCAAAAUGUGCUCUUUCAACUACAACAGUCUACAAGACACCUAUAGGGGACCUGCCUAUUGAUUUGGAAGUCAACGAGGAGCUUAAAGCUACGGGAAAUUUUGAACUAAUGGAUAUUCGCACUGAUGAGGCUGAACAUAGCAUGGAAAUGCAUUUGCCAUAUCUUGCUAAAGUAUUUGAAGGGUACCAGGUGAAAAUUGUACCCAUUUUAGUUGGUGCUAUUAGUGCUGAGAAUGAAGCUAUGUAUGGGCAGAUUCUUGCCAAAUAUGUGGAUGAUCCCAAUAAUUUUUUUUCCAUUUCAUCAGAUUUUUGUCACUGGGGAUCUCGAUUCAAUUAUAUGCACUAUGACAAGAAACAUGGGCCUAUCUACAAAUCUAUUGAGGCCUUAGACAAGAUGGGCAUGGAUAUCAUAGAAACAGGAGAUCCAGAUUCAUUCAAAAAAUAUCUAUUGGAGUAUGACAAUACAAUCUGUGGACGGCAUCCAAUUAGUGUUUUUCUCCAUAUGCUGAGGAACAGCUCAACAAAGAUAAAAAUCAAAUUUCUUCGUUACGAGCAGUCCACUCAGUGCAAAAGUACGGAGGAUAGUAGUGUUAGUUAUGCAUCUGCAGCAGCAAAGAUUGAUGAUUCAAGCUCUAGUUGAAGAUCUACCUUCUUUGAUGGGGCAUUCAGCAAUUUCAUUUCCUUUAAAUUGACUGACUAUUUAUAUUUAAGCUUCGAAACAAUUGGAUAUUAUGUUCCUUUUUUUAUAGAUCAUUGUCAAUAACAUGUAGGGAAGUUGUCAAAUAAUUAUAUUCCUUUAGACUUCCAGUUGCCGUCCCAAGCCAACAUGCUUGGAAAGUUGCGACUAUGAACAUGUGAUUUGAUCAUGUUAUGGUUGCAACCAUCAAAUUCUUAAUUUGCACUGUGUCAUAUCAGCUUUGUUUUUAGUGUUGCGUUAGCUGUGGUAAUACUAAUGAAGGUGUUAGCUUCUUGUGGCAUUUGUUGAUAAU